AUGACUCUAGGAGCUCCCAAGCUGGUGCCGUGGGUCCUGGACGAGGAAACCUCCCUGUCUGUCCUCAAGGCUGCCUACGACGUCGGCAUUAAUACCUGGGACACGGCGAACUCGUACUCCAAUGGACUCAGCGAGGAGGUCAUUGGGAAGGCCUUGCAGCAGUUUAAUAUCCCCCGCCAGAAGGUCGUUAUUAUGACCAAGUGCGCGUUCCAUGUUGGUGACGAGCCUGACGUUAUUGGGCCAUUGCAUGCGGAGCAGCUAAACCAGAGUAAGGACUAUGUUAAUCUGGGAGGUCUAUCGCGAACUGCAAUCUUCGCAGCAGUAGACGCCUCCCUCGCACGCCUGGGCAUCUCGUACAUCGACGUCCUCCAGAUCCACAGGUACGACGCCCACACUCCACCGGAAGAAACAAUGAAAGUGCUCCACGACAUCGUGCAGUCGGGAAAAGUGCACUACAUUGGUGCCAGCUCAAUGUGGGCGACGCAGUUCGCGCAGCUGCAAUUCCUAGCUGAGUCUCGCGGCUGGACCAAGUUCGUCAGCAUGCAGAACUACUAUAAUCUCUGCUAUCGCGAGGAAGAGCGCGAGAUGAUUAGGUUCUGCAAACAGACAGGCGUUGGGCUUGUGCCGUGGUCACCUCUGUUUGCGGGGAGGCUUGCUAGACCUGUCGGGUAUGAUCUGUCGGCGCGCUCGAAGAGGCCCAGUUCGCACCAUCCUGGUAUGACGCCCGUUGAUGAGGAGAUCAUUAGACGGGUCGAGGACGUUGCGGGGAAGAAGGGAUGGAAGAUGAGUAUUGUCGCUUUGGUGUGGUUGAAGAGUAAAGGUGUUGUGCCGAUUGUGGGUAUCAAUUCUGUGGAGCGGGUUCAGGAGAUGUGUGAGUUGAGAGGGAAGGUGUUGACGGAUGAGGAGAUUGCGUAUCUAGAGGAGCCGUAUCAGGCCAGACCCGUUGCUGGUCAUUCCUAA